UUUGAAGGAGACAGGAAAUUGGAUGCAAGAUGGGGAUAGGAUAGGCGAUUAUAUAAAAAAACAAAACAAAAAAUGAUUUCGACGUUUUUCGAAAGUAAGUUUAGUUAAUUAUUAUUUAAUUUUUCCAUGAGAAAGCAGAACAUAGGAAUUGGAGAUGGAAGAAGAAGACCAAGCACUUCUCUCCGUCCCUCUCUCGCUUUUUCUCUCAACUCUCUCGCUCCGAUAAGAUUUACUGAAGAUUUUCUCGGACUCCAGAUACUCUCGCUGCAAGCUCUGAGAUCUGCUUCACAACUCAACUGCAUGGCGCUUGCCUCACUUCCUCAACUGGAAGAAGACUAUCUGAUGUCUGGCAAAUGAAAGAAUGUGCUGUGGAUCAGAGUGGUUAAAACUCAGAUCAUUCCCAACAUCGAAUUCUAUAUUUAUUGAUGAAAGCACACCAUCCAGCGUAGACAUGAACCACUUGACUAUUGAAACGGAAGAUACUUUUGCUAGUUUGCUUGAACUUGCUGCUAACAAUGACAUUGAGGGCUUCAAAAGAUCAAUUGAGCGCGAUCCUUCUGGUAUUGACGAGAUUGGUCUGUGGUAUGGUCGAAAGAAAGGCUCAAAGCAGAUGGUUAAUGAGCACAGGACACCUCUGAUGGUUGCUGCUACAUAUGGCAGCAUUGAUGUCAUGAAACUGAUACUUUCUUUGUCAGAUGCUGAUGUAAAUAGACCCUGUGGCCUUGAUAAAAGUACUGCCCUUCACUGUGCUGCCUCAGGUGGGGCUGUAAAUGCUGUUGAUGCUGUGAACCUGCUUUUGGCAUCAGGAGCCGAUGUAAAUUCGGUAGAUGCCAAUGGUCAUUCUCCUAUUGAUGUUAUUGUCGUUCCUCCAAAAUUCCAAGAUGCCAAAUUGACCCUUGAACAGCUCCUUAAACCUAAUGGUUCUGAUGUAGAGCGCAAGCUGAUGGUCUUAACAGGCACUAUGAGUUUGAAUUCCCCACCCCUGUCAUCUUCCCCUGAGAAUGGGUCCCUGUCUGUGUCAGAUUUCACUUCGCUAACAAAGAUGAAUUUCAGCGAUCUCCCCAUAUAUUCCAUGGCGGAGAAGAAAGAAUAUCCUGUAGACCCAUCUCUCCCUGAUAUCAAGAAUAGCAUCUAUUCAACUGAUGAAUUCCGAAUGUAUUCAUUCAAGGUGCGGCCUUGCUCUCGUGCCUACUCUCAUGAUUGGACUGAGUGCCCGUUUGUUCAUCCAGGGGAAAAUGCUCGAAGAAGGGAUCCAAGGAAGUUCCAUUACAGUUGUGUCCCUUGUCCUGAUUUCCGAAAGGGGGCUUGCAGGCGUGGAGAUAUGUGUGAAUAUGCUCAUGGGGUCUUUGAGUGCUGGCUGCACCCUGCUCAGUAUCGAACUCGUCUUUGCAAGGAUGGUACCAAUUGUGCAAGGAGAGUCUGCUUUUUUGCCCACACCACUGAGGAACUUCGGCCGCUAUAUGUAUCUACUGGUUCUGCUGUUCCCUCUCCUCGCUCAAGUACUUCUGGAGCUGCAGCCGUGGAUUUUGCUGCAGCCAUGAGCCUCCUGCCUGGCUCCCCUUCAUCGGUAUCUGUUAUGUCCCCCUCACCGUUCACUUCACCCAUGUCUCCAUCUGCUAAUGGCAUGUCACAUGCAGCUUGGCCCCAACCAAAUGUCCCAGCCUUGCAUCUACCAGGAAGCAAUCUUCAUUCCAGUCGCUUAAGAUCUUCACUUAAUGCUAGAGACAUUCCUACAGAGGACUUUGAUAUGUUGCCAGAUUUUGAUUUGCAGCAACAACAGCUCUUAAAUGAUCUAUCUUGCCUCUCUCAACCAUCAAUGAGUUCUAAUUCUCUGAAUCGUUCUGGUCGGUUUAAAACUCUAACCCCUUCGAAUCUUGAUGAUCUAUUUUCUACUGAGAGCUCUUCUCCUCGAUAUGCUGACCAAGCAUUGGCUUCAGCGGUUUUCUCCCCAACACACAAAUCAGCAGUUCUUAAUCAAUUUCAGCAGCAGCAGCAGCAGAGCAUGUUGUCACCAAUCAAUACAAACUUCUCCCCAAAAAACGUUGACCAUCAUUUAUUGCAGGCCUCUUUUGGUGUUCCGACUUCAGGGAGGAUGUCUCCCCGAAGUGUGGAACCUAUCUCACCUAUGAGCUCUCGGGUAUCGAUGCUAGCUCAACGUGAGAAGCAGCAACAGUUUCGCAGCCUCAGCUCACGGGAACUUGGCUCCAACUCUGCUUCCAUUGUUGGGUCCCCUGCAAAUACUUGGUCAAAAUGGGGAUCCUCAAAUGGGAAGCUGGAUUGGGCUGUUAGCACAGAAGAAUUAGGUAAGCUCCGCAGGUCAUCUUCAUUUGAGCUUGGGAACAAUGGAGAAGAGCCAGAUCUAUCAUGGGUUCAGUCACUUGUCAAAGAAUCUCCAACUGACAUCAAAGACAAGUUAGUGACACCUGUAUCUGAUGUUGCUGCUACGUCCAGUGAGGUUUCAAAUAUGAACUCACAAACAGAAUCGGUUGAUCAUGCUGUGUUGGGAGCAUGGCUGGAACAAAUGCAUCUUGAACAAAUGCAGCUAGAUCAUCUUGUGGCCCAGCAAAAUUGAAACCAUUUUUGCUGAUUUCCGAGGUAGUAGACAACGGAAAGGUUUUGGUAAAUAACAUAUGCCGUUCCAGAUUUUGUUGGCUGUGAGUGUGAGUAAGGUGGUAACAGUAACAAAGCAAGAAAGCAAGGGAGAAAGAUGUUUGAAAAAAGAAAAGAAGAUUCAUUUUCGCUAUUUAUUACAACAGAAGUUAGAUAGGGUGAGAAACCCUCUGGGUUAUAUUCAGAAGAAUGAGCCCAGUCUAAGUGGUUUUUGGCUUCCAA